AUGUCAAACAUGAAGUUGUUGCUCUUCUGUCUUCUUGCUUCUGUUAUCUUCGGUGAUUUAAUAGAGUGGGAUCAUCCAACUGGGGGUACCCUUCCUCCAGGGCAUCCUCCAAUCCCUGGUGGGGAUACAGGUUCAGAUUCAUCGGGGAAGAAAUCAACCAUGCCCGAUUAUAUGAAGUAUUUUUACGUCAUGUUUUGUAAGGUUUGUCAUCAACGGAAACUGAAACUUUUUUUUAACUUUAGAUGUAGUAAUAGCCAUGUUUGUCAUGCUAAUAAUGACAUUGGUUGCGAAUUUAAUCAUGAUGUUCCACAUUUCACGGGUUCAGAAGAAGUUGGAGUUGAUCAUUGAUGUCAAACAAAAACUUUAA